AUGUGUAAGUUUUCCCACAGCCCACCAGAGCAGCCUGGAGAUAAACCUGCGGAAACUAGUGAAGUCCAGCGCAAGGAGGUUUGCCGCUGGCCGUGCCGAUGCCCACCCGUGCCAGCCUGCACCCCUGGGGUCAGCCUGGUGAAGGAUGGCUGUGGCUGCUGCAAGGUCUGUGCCAAGCAGGCAGGAGAGCCCUGCAAUGAAGCAGAUGUCUGUGAUCCCCACAAAGGGCUCUACUGCGACUACUCGGAAGAUGAGCCUAGGUAUGAAACAGGCGUGUGUGCAUAUCUGGUAGCUGUAGGAUGUGAGCUCAAUGGAGUUUAUUAUGCCAACGGGCAGACCUUUCAGCCCAACCAGCUUUACAAGUGCCUGUGUUUCAGUGGUACAAUUGGAUGUACCCCUGUAUUCACAUCAAGAUUAGCAGGAAGCCCCUGUGCCAGGGUCCCAGGCAGAAAGAAGGCAGGACAAUCCAUCUGUGGCCUAGGACAGCACAAGCAACUUCAGUCAACCAACUACAGACUGAUGUCAGCUUACAGAAGCUUACCACUAGUUUUGAAGAAAAAGUGCCUCAUACAGGCAACACCCUGGACCCCCUGUUCCAGGACCUGUGGCAUAGGCAUAUCCAGCAGAGUGACCAAUGACAACAGAAAAUGUGAAAUGAAAAAAGAAAAGAGAUUAUGCUUCAUCCAGCCUUGUCUGACCAAUAUGCUGAAGAAAAUAAAGAUUCCAAAGGGAAAAAUAUGUCAACCAACUUUCCAGCUUCCAACAGCAGAGAAGCUAGCUUUUUCGGGAUGCUCAACUACUCAAAGAUACAAACUAACUUUCUGUGGAGUGUGCUUGGACAAGAGGUGCUGCAUUCCUAAUAAGUCCAAAAUGAUUACUGUACAGUUUGAGUGUCCCAAUGAAGGCUUCUUCAGGUGGAAGAUGAUGUGGAUAACAUCGUGUGUGUGUCAGAGGAUUUGCAGUGCUCCAGGAGAUACAUUUUCCCAACUCAAACUCCUAUGA